AAAAUUUCACUGAUAUUUUCAAAGUCUGGCGAGAAAUGGUCUGUAGAAAAACCUCAGAGCAAUAAUAUUUUCAAUAGCUAAUGUGCAAGCUCCAUUUGUUGCAAAUAUAAUUCUGUUGAAUUCGAUGAUAAUGAUUUAUUGGUGGCUACUUUAUUGCAAUGAGUUCAUAAACGCAUGCACAGAAUAUAAAAGAAGAGAAUAAAGCGUGAUAACAAAAUUUAAUAAAAGUUUGAUUAUUCAAAUGAAGAACAAAAAACCUAAGUUUGAUACAUGAUACUUGAGUUAUUUUCAGAUUAGGCGGCUCUGGAGGAGAGGAUCUGGGUUAAAUCUUGCUUAAUAGAUAACCUUAAUGAAAAAUCAACUUUACUCUUUACAUAUGCAUAAUUUUCCGCAUUUUCCCGUGUAUAAAUUUUUUGAUCUGAAAAAUGAUCUAACGUUUCGAAUCCAUAAAGAAAAUAAACCGUUUCGAAAACUCACUCAAACGGUUACAUCAACUUUAUAAGUGACUUAUUCAGACUGGAAAAAUUGGGGAACAUCGUGAAAGUGGUGAUUUCUCAAGGAUUUCCUGAGUUUUCCUCUUCGGCGCUCCGUUAUGGCGAUUCAAAUGCAUGGCGGGAAGGGCUUCGUCCAGCCGCGUGCGGUUUUGGAGACUUUCGUCCAGUGGCGCGCUGGUGUGCGUGGCGCGACGCAUUAGUGUGAGUGUGCAGGAAUAUUUGGGCUGUUCGUGUUGAUUUGAGCACUCGACAAGGUGAUACCUUUGCUAAACACGCAAUAAGUGAUCCCCGCGGAAUUGUUUGUUGAUCUGUGGCUUCCUGGUGCUGGCUGGUCGGCAGAUAUCCACGCGAGAGCGCAGCUUGAGCAAGUGUCCGGCGAUUGGGCUCUGUGGUGCUGGAAUCCCUCUUCCAUUGUCUCGCCAAUUCCCCGUCUUGCGUCUCUGUCUCUCUAACGCCACACGAGCGGAGGCAUUCCUUGGCACUCGCCGACAGCGACACACACACUCACAGGGGCGCUUCGUGCGUAAAUUGCGUCUUGACUCGGGGAAUCUUCCGGAUGGAGAAGGCGGCGUGCGUGAGCGAGCGGCAGAUGGAGGUGGAGGUGCUGCACGCGGCCGACGGCUCGGCUGAGGAGGGCGCUAUGGCGGUGAAGGAGGCGCUGAUGAAGAAGCCCGCCGUGGAUGGGGAGCGGCUGAAGCGCAAGGCGAAGCGCCUGGUGAAGCAUAACAGCGGCGAGCGCGUGCCCGCCAACACCAUGGACUUCGUGGUGCCGCACCGCCGGUGGAAGAACAGCCGGCGCUCGCGCAACGGCCACGGGCGCGGGCUGCCGAAGAAGGGCGGCGCCGGCGGCAAGGGCGUGUGGGGCCUUCCCGGCUCUGAGAUCCUCGAGGAGGACUUCGAGGACCACAACGACCCGAACUACGAUAGCGACGACAAGAACAUCGAGCUGAAGGAGGUGAUCCCGGACAUCACGCCGGAGGAGUACUUCAAGCGCGUGGAGCCCAUCUUCCUGGAGUACUACGAGCACGGCGACACGCUGGAGGUGGCGCAGAGCAUCUACGAGGAGACCACGGACCCGCUGCGGCCGAUGGUCACGUCGAUCGCCAUCGAGAUCGCCAUGGACCACAAGCAGUCGCACCGCGAGAUGACCUCUGUCCUCAUAUCCGACCUGUACGGGCGCGUGGUGACCGGGCGCGACAUCUCGCGCGGCUUCGACAUGGUGCUGAAGAACUUGCCCGACCUCAUCCUAGACACGCCGGAGGCGCCCACGAUCCUGGGCAACUUCAUCGCGCGCGCCGUGGCGGACGACUGCAUCCCGCCACGCUACGUCACCAAUCCCGAGGUGGAGGAGCUCAACGAGCACGCCAUCGUGGCGCUGAAGCGCGCUGACACGCUGCUGAGCAUGAAGAAGGGCCUCGCGCACCUGGACAACGUGUGGGGCCUCGGCGGGCCGCUGCGCCCCGUGAAGAUCAUCACAAAGCAGAUGACGUUGCUGCUGCAGGAGUACCUCUCCUCGCGGGACAUCAAGGAGGCCCACCGCUGCCUGCUGACGCUCGAGGUGCCGCACUUCCACCACGAGCUCGUCUACGAGGCGGCCGUCAUGGCGCUCGAGUCCAUCAACCAGUCGACGGAGGAGGCGCUGUGCGCUCUGCUGAAGAGCCUGGACGCCGCGUGCAUCGUCUCGCCGCUGAUGAUGGAGCAGGGAUUCCAGCGCGUGUUCGACGACAUGACAGACAUUGUCCUCGAUGUGCCAUUGGCGUACAUUAUGCUCGACCGCUUCGUCGAGCGGUGCAGCCGCGCCGGUUUCUUGUCUGAUAAGACUAUCAGGAACAUGCCGUCCAGAGGACGCAAGCGUUUCGUGUCGGAAGGCGACGGAGGACAAUUCAAGCCGCCGACGGCGUCGUUUGCUUGCGACAACUGAACGGCACAACUUUGACUCAGGGAGUGACGGAGAAGUGAAGACUUUUUCUGCUCUUGGGAAAUGACGGCUAAUCGCAAAUGGAUUAAGUACUUGCUACCUGAAAAUGAUGAAACACGUUUAAGAGUCACCCCAGUUAAUUACAAGAUACUAUAAAUGUGCUUUUCUUGCGGGAGAAAAUAGAGAGGAAGAGCCUUUGAGUAUCACACAGACAUUUAAUAUGAAUUUCCCAUUCUAUCUUUUUCCUAUUAUCGCAUAGUUAAGUGAAUUUAUCCAAUGUUUAGAGACAGAAAAUUUCCUUUUGUCAUAUUUUUGAAGUUAUCUUUUCAUAAAAAAAAGAGAGAAAUGAAAUAUUCAAUGGCUUCUAAUUCCAGUUAAUGUGGUUUAUCUUCUACAUCUACUUAAAUAGGAUUUAAUUUUGUUCUCCAUAUGCUUCAGAAUAAUAAUUUUCUUUAUGAAUUAAGUAAACUUUUAAGAGAGAAAGAAAAUUGUGAAUGAUUCAGACUUGCAUUUCAUUACAAACUGUAAUAAUUCACUAUAUUUUCCGUUGAAGUUGAUAACAUAUUUUAAGAAAUACUCCUGAAUUUGAUGGUUCACGGAACAUCUCUUUGAUAUAUAUUUUAUAUAAAUGAGUCACUCUCGGAAGUGUUAAAUUCUUUUUUUGGAAAUGAUGAGAAAUUGAAAAAUUUGACGCAAACAAUGAAGAAAUAAGUCUAUACAAUUUCUAAAGGACAAGUGAAGAAAUAAAGUGUUGAGUAGAUAAA